AUGGACCGCGACUACGGUGCUGCUGUAGCAGCGCUCAACACCCUCCAAUCCAACUUCUCCAUCGUCGACGCGAUCCGCAAGUCCGGACGCGGCAUGAACAAGCAGGCUAUACCAGAAAUGAUUGAGUGGUGUCGGAAGAUAGGGUACGAGCCCUCGGAUUUCGACCGGUUGAAUUCCAUUCACAUUGCUGGCACAAAGGGCAAAGGCUCUACGAGCGCCUUCGUCUCAUCCAUCCUCUCCCAGUACCUCCCAUCCGCCUCCCAGAACCAGCCCAAGCUCCAUAAGAUCGGGCUAUACACGUCUCCACACCUCCGCUUCGUUCGCGAGCGUAUACAGAUCGAUAAUACGCCCCUUUCUGAAGAUGGCUUUGCGAAAUACUUCUUCGAAAUAUGGGAUCGCCUCACCGCUGCCGCCGAAGCCGAAGGUGUCCCAUCCGACUCACCACAGGCCAAACCGGUAUACUUUCGGUACCUGACUCUGAUGGCUCUGCACGCCUACCUCGCCGAGGGCGUAGAUACAGCGGUGAUAGAAUGCGGCAUUGGGGGCGAGUACGACAGCACGAACAUUCUCGCUCACCCAUCCGUCACCGCUAUCACGAGUCUGGGCAUCGACCAUGUUGCUAUGCUAGGGAACACACUGGGCGAGAUAGCAUGGCACAAGUCCGGUAUCUUCAAGCCCGGCGCGAUGGCUCUCACCGUCCCACAGCCGGAGGAAGCCAUGGCAGUUUUACGCCAGCGGGCAGCAGAUAGAGGGGUCAACCUCCACGUCGUCGACCGACAUCCGGAGCUCGGCACUCUCAAACUCGGCCUAUCCGCCGACUUCCAAAAGACGAACGCCAGCCUUGCGAUAGCAGUCGCAGCGGCGCAUCUGCGCGCCCUCGGGCACACGGAUAUACCCGAUGUCUCCGCGAUCAGCGCUUCGCGCCUCCCGACCGAGUUCCGCAAAGGGCUGGAACAAGUCCGGUGGCCCGGCCGCUGCGAGAUCCGUAAAGAGAGGAACUUAGCCUGGCAUAUAGAUGGGGGCCACACGCUCGACAGCAUUGAGGUCGCUGGACGGUGGUUUGCGGAACAGAUUUCCGCCUCCUUGGCCUCGUCGACAGGUUCAGCGAAGCGGAAACCCCGGGUCUUGGUCUUCAAUCAACAGACUCGCGAUGCAUCUGCGCUAGCCCUAGCGCUGCACAAGACCCUCCAAUCGUCUCUCUCUAGGACCGUCACGACGUCCUCGCCCUUUACUCACGCGAUCUUCUGUACGAAUGUCACGUUCCGCGAUAGCGGCUAUAAGCCAGAUCUCGUCUCCGUGAACACAAACGCCUCGGACGUUCAGAGUCUGGCGGUACAGCAUAGCCUCGCAAAAACCUGGGCAGAAGUCGAUCCGAGCACAGAAGUUAGAGUCGUGAGGACGAUCGAAGAGGCGGUGGGAGCUGCGAGGGAAAUUGCCAGGAUUGAGGCGGAGGACGAGGCGAUGGUGCUGGUCACGGGCAGUUUGCAUCUGGUUGGGGGGCUCAUCGAUGUUCUGGAGAGUGAGGAAGGGCGUUAG